AUGUCUAAAGUUGCUCAAUUGAAAGCCGAUCUAGAUAAGAUCCAAACCGGUUAUGGUUUAAUGUCCUUAACCUGGAAAGCCGAACCUACUCCACGUGAAAUUGCAUUCGAGUCAAUGCAUAAAGUAAUCGAGUUUGCCCAAACUCAAAAAUGUAAGGCUUUUUUCAAUGUCGGUGAAUUUUAUGGUCCUAACUUUAUUAAUUUGAUUUACGUCAAAGAAUUUUUUGAAAAAUAUCCAGAAUUAAGAUCUAAUGUUAUUGUCUCUUGUAAAGGUGCUAUCGAUGAUGUUCGUUUAGUUCCAAAGGGUUCAUAUGAUGAUGUCAUUACUAGUGUUAGAAAUUCUGUUGAGGCAAUUGGUGGCGUUAUUGAUAUAUUUGAAGUUGCUAGACUUGAUAAAUCAAUCUGUGCUGAAGGUGAAAUUUAUCCUUAUGAAUCAUUUAAAGCACUUUCUGAAUUAGUUGAGGAGGGUGUUAUCGAUGGUAUUUCAUUAAGUGAAGUCACAGCUGAAGAAAUUCAAGCCAUUGCUAAGGAUUGGGGUAAAUAUUUAACUUGUGUUGAAGUUGAAUUAUCUUUAUUCAGUACUGAUAUUCUACAUAACAAUGUCGCUAAAGUUAAUAAUGAUCUAGGUUUAGUUACAAUCUGUUACUCACCAUUAGGAAGAGGUCUAUUGACUGGUAAUAUUAAAUCCUUAAAGGAUAUCCCAGAAGGGGAUUUCCGUUUAAAUUUAAAGAGAUUCCAAGGUGAUGCUUUAAAACAAAAUUUUGCAUUGAUUGAUUUCUUGCAAAACGAAAUUAUUGAUAAAAGAGAACCUUCGAGCCAAGUAUCUUUAGCACAAAUAGCUUUAGGUUGGAUUAAACAUUGGUCAUUCUCCCCAGAGUAUCCAAAGGGUAAAUUCAUUCCAAUUCCAAGUGGUUCCACAGUGAACAGAGUAAUUGAAAACUUUGAUGAAUCUAAGGCUAAGAUGACAGAUGCUGAGUUCACCAAGAUUAAUGAGUUUUUGAAGACUUUCGUUACAACUGGUGGUAGAUACGAGACUGAAAAUUGA